AUGCUACGAAGUUAUCUCCCAGCAUCAUCCUACGAAGUUAUCUCCCAGCAUCAUCCUACGACGUUAUCUCCCAGCAUCAUCCUACGAAGUUAUCUCCCAGCAUCAUCCUACGAAGUUAUCUCCCAGCAUCAUCCUACGAAGUUAUCUCCCAGCAUCAUCCUACGAAGUUAUCUCCCAGCAUCAUCCUACGAAGUUAUCUCCCAGCAUCAUCCUACGAAGUUAUCUCCCAGCAUCAUCCUACAGAGUUAUCCCCCAGCAUCAUCCUACGAAGUUAUCUCCCAGCAUCAUCCUACAGAGUUAUCUCCCAGCAUCAUCCUACGAAGUUAUCUCCCAGCAUCAUCCUACAGAGUUAUCCCCCAGCAUCAUCCUACGAAGUUAUCUCCCAGCAUCAUCCUACGAAGUUAUCUCCCAGCAUCAUCCUACGAAGUUAUCUCCCAGCAUCAUCCUACGAAGUUAUCUCCCAGCAUCAUCCUACAGAGUUAUCCCCCAGCAUCAUCCUACGAAGUUAUCUCCCAGCAUCAUCCUACGAAGUUAUCUCCCAGCAUCAUCCUACGAAGUUAUCUCCCAGCAUCAUCCUACGAAAUUAUCUCCCAGCAUCAUCCUACGAAGUUAUCUCCCAGCAUCAUCCUACGAAGUUAUCUCCCAGCAUCAUCCUACGAAGUUAUCUCCCAGCAUCAUCCUACGAAGUUAUCUCCCAGCAUCAUCCUACGAAGUUAUCUCCCAGCAUCAUCCUACGAAGUUAUCUCCCAGCAUCAUCCUACAGAGUUAUCCCCCAGCAUCAUCCUACGAAGUUAUCUCCCAGCAUCAUCCUACAGAGUUAUCUCCCAGCAUCAUCCUACGAAGUUAUCUCCCAGCAUCAUUCUACAGAGUUAUCCCCCAGCAUCAUCCUACGAAGUUAUCUCCCAGCAUCAUCCUACGAAGUUAUCCCCCAGCAUCAUCCUACAGAGUUAUCCCCCAGCAUCAUCCUACAGAGUUAUCUCCCAGCAUCAUCCUACGAAGUUAUCUCCCAGCAUCAUCCUACAGAGUUAUCUCCCAGCAUCAUCCUACGAAGUUAUCUCCCAGCAUCAUCCUACGAAGUUAUCUCCCAGCAUCAUCCUACGAAGUUAUCUCCCAGCAUCAUCCUACGAAGUUAUCUCCCAGCAUCAUCCUACAGAGUUAUCCCCCAGCAUCAUCCUACGAAGUUAUCUCCCAGCAUCAUCCUACAGAGUUAUCCCCCAGCAUCAUCCUACAGAGUUAUCCCCCAGCAUGAUAUAG